AUGGGAAUUGUUUUGAUCGGGAUUAUAUUCGGGGCUUUGUUGAGGCAAUUAUCAGUGGGGAUUUUUAGUGAUGAAUUGUGGUUAUGUUUAUUGCAGAAGAGCCAUUGGUUCCUGACUGUGCAUUGUUGGCAUUUCUUAGGUUCGUUAGCUGAUCAUUGUAGGUUACUCAGCAAUGAAAAAAUUGAGUCACUGAAAUAUUGGAGAAUUGAGUUUUGCUUAAGAUUGUUGAGGGAGCAAUCUUCAUUGCUGUUUGAAAUUGGGAGAGGACCUUUUAGCAUACUGCAGAUUGUUCAAUGUCCCUGUAUCCGAGCUAUAUGGAAGGAAUUUGAAUUUUCAGAUUGUUUCUCAAUUGUACUGCUCUAGGACUCGAGUCGGUAUUUUUUGCUUCGGAUCAUCCGAAAAUGGAAAACCCAGUUGAGGUUUAUUGCUUUGCGUUGUGAAAGUUUGGGGAGUCAAAAGCAGCAUCAGUCAUGGUUUGCCAAGAAGUUUUUCUCUGGACCAGAAAAGGAGACUCUUAUAGUUGAUAUUGAUGUCGAUUUUAUGUUGUCACCACACCAUCUUAAUGAAACUAUUCAGUAGAAAUCAUACCGAAGAUGGGCUGUAUUAGGCUGCUUGCUGGAAUUAUAUGAUAGAAAAAAUUAUUUCAGGCAAAUGUGAUAAUUGGGCCCUUGUUUUAAUGACUGGCUUUUUUUUGAUGAAAGAAUUGAUAAUAUAAUGAACUUUGAGCCAGGAUUGCUAUUAAUGGUGUGCUCAAUCACCCAAAUACUAUAUAUGACCCACUCUCUUCUUGAGGUUGUUUGUUGCUUCUUGGGGAAAAGAACUAUGAGUUGA